AUAAUGUACACUUCCGAUUCGCCGAAAACGCGCCUCGUCUAAAAGCAGGUAACAAUCCGAGCUCCGCUGCAGUGCUAGUCUACCGUUCCGACGGCUUCAGUCCCGAGCAAACAGGUCUGACUCCAGCUGUCGUUGCACACACGUGCAUUUCAAUGAGGACCUAGCCUGGUGCGAACAAUGACGAUAAUGUCGAGAUCUCCCGACCACAUAAAGCGACCCAUGAACGCCUUCAUGGUGUGGUCCAAGCAGAGAAGGAAAGAGCUGGCACAGGAGAACCCGCGGAUGCACAAUUCUGAGUUGAGCAAACGGCUCGGGGCAGAGUGGAAAGCGCUCAACGAGGCUGCGAAGAGACCGUACAUCGACGAGGCGAAGAAAAUACGCGAGCAGCAUAUGAUCGACCACCCGGGUUAUCGCUAUCGACCGAGGAGAAAGCCGAAGAACCCCGCAAGCCUCUUCAACAACGGGAAGAGGGCCGGGAACAUGUCUGCGUAUCCUCUGCCCGGGAUCACGGGGCCAGCUUGCGGGCACCCUUCGUUUGCCGGGACGGCGGCGGCGCAACCUCUGCAGAUUGUCAUGCAGCCCGGCAUGCAACCCGUCGUAAGCUCCACCUCAGCCGCGGCGUUCUCUGGCAAGGCCUUCUCCAGUAUGGCCGGAGCUACGCCUCUUGUUGCACCCGCCGGCACCGUCAGCUACAUCCUUCAGUCUGCCAAACCCGGCAUGAUGCCUACAGUCCCGCAGUUCACUCCAGUAGCAAUGUACUCCUCCCCGCACCAGCAAGUGUCUCACGUGUCCCCCACCCACCCAGCCUCGUCUCCAACUUUCUUCACCAAUGCUGGAGCCAUCUCCUACGCCACCCAGCACACCCCUGUCAUUACCACCACCGCAAGUGCGCUAGAGGCGCUGAGAGCUGGCAGCGGCACCGAGAUCCUCAAAUCAGUAACAGUCCAGAAUCUGGAAGCACAGGGCCUCAUUAGAGCAGCGGGGAGCUCAGUUAGCGGAGUCGAUUCGGCAUCGACGACUUCCGGAGUUAGUUCUCUCUCUGAGUCGGCAUCUCCGCUGCAAGCCGAAUCGGACACCUCUGUUCGCUCCACCGCGUCUCCCCAGAUCUCCUCACUGCACACUACCAGCGGUUCCCCUAUGAACUUCCCCCUCUAUUCCCCGGCCCCUCUCGGCUACUUUCUGCAGUCUCACGGAGGACAAACGUUCCAGACUCUUCGCUCAGUGUCCAGCAUGCCUGACCUCCACACCACAAUAACCACCGCUGCUCAGGCUCAGACGGCAACCUCCGUACAGAGACACUCUAGCAAUUGCGCUUGUCUCAACUGCUCCAUCUACAAACAGCAGCCGACUAUGGCCACAGCAGGCAUGCCGGGUCAACCAACGUAUAUACUGGUUCAGGCACCCACAGCUCAAGUACACGAAACGAAAUAGCAUCUCUCUUCUCUCUCUCUCUCUCUUUAGUUCAGACAAACGAUAACAGGCAUCAGAUAUUUAUAUUGCAUCAGCUUCUCUCCCUACUUUCCCCCAUGCUCCCCUACUGCAAACGUCUGUCGUUGCAACUAUCACUGUCGAUAUUCCACUGCACUCUCAGUAUGACUGGAGUCUGUCAUAUUUUCUGCAUGUUAUAAGCCUUCACAGAGUAUACGGCAAAUAUUUCUCUUCAAAUAUAUCUGUGCUUGCACACACACAUACUUAUAUAUUCUAUAUCUUCUUUGUUUUACUCAGUUUAUUAUUAUCGAUCAUCAGCACAGGCACUGUGUGAUACGCAUGUGUGUAUAUAUAUCCUUUAUCCUUAUAUGGUAGUUUAUCUUCUCGCAGACUCAGACAAUUGUAAAAGCGCUAAUGUUGUAUGCAUUAACAAUUGUUCCCACCACAAUUUGUGA